CCUCGCUAUACAGCCUCGGUGUUGGAAAGCGCAUCAGUCACACAGCGUGGUGUAGGUGGACGACAGCAAACGGAUAAAAAAAAACAACAAAUCUAUAUCGGGACAGCCCCAGCUGUCAGCGGUAGAAACCUGAACAGGUGGCUCCUCCGGUGUCUUAGCAGAACGCGUCAGGGCGCAGAGACCCUCAACAGCUUGUCUCGCUCGCUAAUCUCUUCUCUGACGACAGUGCAUUUACAGUGUGCGCGUAAAACCAGGAGUACGGCAGGUUUGGGUUGUGGGAUCUGAUCAGUCAUCGGGAUUUUACUCAGCAGCGUUGUUGAUUCAGUGUUUAUCACGAAGUUGGACUAGUGGAAAGUCUGCCUUGUUUUUUUGUUUGUUUUUUUUUUAGGUUGGACUGACAGAGUUGGAUAUAAUGACUUGGAUUUCAUAAUUUUUCCUUUGUUUUUGGAUUGUCAACGCUGCCACUGAUAACACAGCAUGUUGCCAGAAAUAAAUAACAAGACAUCACGACCAGAGGCCUUCCCUCACCCUCACAGACUCCCAGCAGAAGGGAACCGUAUUGGAACAAAUCGACCCUGCUCACAGAAGUUCAACUCCAGUGUGGGGACUCUCCCUCAGCUCGAGCCACCAGUGGUCCAGGUGGUGGUUAGCAAUGCCAAAAACCAGCACCAGGUGUCAGACAACAUCUUGCCCCAAAUUGCCAACAAAGGGGGUCAAAACAACUAUCAGACACAAUCGGACGAGAGGCCAAAGCCCACUCAGCAGUUCACCACACGGUUUGGUACAACAGUCGAUAAAGUGUCAGUGUCUCGCAACAGCAGGAUUUUCAUCAACAAGCUGGAGAAAGAGAAAGCAUAUGAGGGUCAAAAGUUACCCAUGUCACCUAUAGAGGCGUUGAAGAACUUCCAGGAUCGGCUGACAGAGUUUGAACAGGAGGAGAUCAUGGAUUAUUCAGAGAUUUGGUUCCUUGGUCUGGGAUCCCAGAAAAUUGAGGGCUCCCAAGGAGCUCCGCAGAACUCUGGAUAUGAUGAUGAACAUGGAAGUUACAUCAGGGUGCUACACGACCACAUUGCCUACAGGUUUGAAGUGUUGGAAGUGAUUGGGAAAGGCUCCUUUGGCCAGGUCUUAAAAUGCCUGGACCACAAGAACAAUGAACUUGUAGCCAUAAAAAUAAUCCGCAAUAAAAAAAGGUUUCAUCACCAAGCUCUUGUGGAGCUGAAGAUCUUGGAUGUGAUAAAGAGGAAAGACAAAGACAACCUCCACAAUGUCAUCCACAUGAAGGAGUACUUCUACUUCCGAAAUCACCUUUGCAUCUCCUUUGAGCUUCUGGGGGUCAACUUGUACGAGCUCAUAAAAAAAAACAACUUCCAAGGCUUCAGCCUCGCCCUGAUCCGUCGUUUCACCCAUGCACUUCUCAGGUGCCUGCAGAUGCUGCACAGGGAGAAGAUAAUCCAUUGCGACCUCAAACCGGAGAACAUCCUUCUGUCUCAGAGAGGGCCAGGGAACAUCAAGGUGGUUGACUUUGGCUCAAGCUGCUAUGAACAACAAAGAGUGUAUACCUACAUCCAGAGUCGCUUCUACCGCUCUCCAGAGGUCAUCCUGGGUCACCCUUACAGCAUGGCUAUUGAUAUGUGGAGUCUGGGCUGCAUUCUAGCUGAGCUUUACACAGGCUACCCUCUCUUCCCCGGAGAGAGCGAAGUGGAGCAGAUAGCUUGUAUAAUGGAGGUCCUUGGAAUGCCUCCAAAUGAUUUUGUUCAGUCAGCAUCAAGAAGGAGGUUGUUCUUUGACUCAAAAGGAAAUCCAAGAAACAUCACUAACAGCAAGGGGAAGAAGCGGAGGCCCAGUUCCAAAGAGCUUUCAGCUGCGCUGAAAACUAAUGAUGCUCUGUUCUUAGAUUUCAUCAAACGCUGCCUCAGUUGGGAUCCAAGUAAGCGUAUGACUCCUGAUGAGGGGUUACAGCACGAGUGGAUCCUACAAGGAAAUUUCAACAAAGUCCGGACCAGAACCAAGCCUGCAGUCAAGAAGACCUCAGACAGUUCAACCAACACAGACAAACAAGCUAACAGCCACUCUGCAGAGAAGGUCAGCUCGGAAAGCAACGGUAGCGACAAUCUGAAGAGAGACAGUUCAGAAACAGGAACAAAGAUGGCUCCUGCAGAGCGCCUGCGCCCCAUUGGGGCUUCAGCAGAGGAGGAGGCGUGUGAAAGUGAAGGCAAGCUGUCCACAAAUACCAAGCAACAGGAAUGCAGUGGAGAGAGGCCCGUACACAUCAUCAUCAAACCUCAAGAGACAGAAGACAUAGAAAGGAAAGAUACUCAGGAGUCAUCUCAGUGUUUGUCCCCUAUUGUCUAACAAUCAGAGGUAAACGUGCUGCAAUCAUGACAAAUGGGAACAGAGAAUAUUCAAAUAAGCUGAUUUUGUUUAGCCCUGCAUAUUCAGAAAAUCAAACCACUCAUUCAACAAAAUCAGUGAAAAGUUACAGUUGGAAGUAACAGAAAUGUGUGUUUUCUACUCACGCAUAGAGAAUUUCUCUGUUUCCACAUGCCAUGUACAAAACGAUGUAUGAAGUAGAUGCAUCAAUCAACAGCAAAGACAGAUAUCUUUUAAUUAUUGUUUUAAUUAUACAGUCAUAGUGUAUUAUCUUUUGUUCAGUGAAUCUUUUUUAUGACCAGUUGUAUUUUUGACUGAAAUUAAGAUGCAGUUGUCAGUUUGUCUAAAUGUAUCACAAUCAGUCUGCCACAUAAGAAUGUACAGAUUGUGCAGCAUAAAGUUUUUGCUGUCACCCUCUCUUACUGUUUAUUCAACCCAAUCUUUGCUGUGCAUUGAAAAUCUCAGAUGAACAGGAUCUUUUUUUCAUGGUUAAAAAAAAGGGGCUGAUUGAAAAAAGAAAAGAGCACGUGUGGGAAAAAGAUCUGAAGGACUGUGUGUAAUAAAGGCUGAGCCAAAUGUUUUUGUUUUUUCAGUCGUGAUAACAAAGAAAUAAUUGUCAUGUACAUUUUAAGUAUAGUAUGAAGUCAGUGACAUACUGAUUAUUAAUUACUUCAUCUCUUAUUUAUUGUGGAAUAUAUUUGACCCUGUAUUUCAUAUUUGUUUAACACUUUAAUUCAACAAACAUUAAAUAUGUAUUUGUAAUAGAAUUUACUGUAUAUAUAUACAUAUAUAUAUUUCAGCUGUAAUUUCUUAUACAUGUGAACCACAGAAGAUAUUAUGAGAAAAUAUUUCAGAUACUUGUGGUGGAUUUAGACAAGGUUUUACUUGUUGUGUUGUUAUUGUAUGAAAACAUUUUGUAUGUUUGUGUUAUUAUCGACAUUUUUUAUUUAGGUACAAAAAGACAAUCCUAUUAUUGAUAGUUUGUGCCUUGCAGUAUUAGAAAUCUUGCACUUUAAUAUUGUGUGUGUACACCUGAUUUAGAAACCCAUAAAUUCUUACCUGACUUUAGUUUAAACUGUCAGGAUCCUUUUUAUUUAAUAAAAUUAUAUCUCAUCUCAUGUUACAGAACAAAUUGAAAAAAGAACUUGCUUUUUAUAAGUGAUUUGUUUUUUUUUGUUUGUUUUUUAGUCGCCAACAUAGAUCUGACAUAAAUUGCAGAUAGACCCCGUACCCUAACUUUGUGUUCACUAAGCAACCAGAUAUGCUGAGAUAAUGGAUUGUAGCUGAAAUAAGAAAAGUCAAGAAAAAUAAUUUGUCUUUUAUGAUGGAAUAAAAAGUUGU